AUGGCCGCCGCCGGUAUGGAUGCCCUGUUGCCAGCAACGGCGUUGGCCGUGGCGUUGGUUGCCAUAGAUGAGGCCCAACGCAACGACUUGUCGCAGCAGUACUUCCUGGAGGAGGAUCCGGCUAACGACCUUCCCCGCGAGAGACUUACGCGGUCGCAGACACAGAGGAAAGACGUGGAGACAUGCGCUUGGGCACAGCUGUUGGAGGAUAAAGACCUCGAGGACAGCACGAGCAUCACCGCCAAGCAGUUUCUAGUGGAAUUCCGCGUUCUCGACUGCUGUGACGGACGCCGUAGGUCGGGCAAGUCACCCAGUGGAGCACAAGAUGCUGGCCUGGCUGAUUAUACUGGGGGGGGCAACUGCUUUGCAAGCAUUUACCAGAUGUCGUGGAUGAGCGCGAAGACCGUGCAGGGGAUGUUCCACAAGCUCUGCAGGCACUUCGCACGGGAGAUGUACGAUGAACACAUUACCUCCCUACGAAAGAGAGCGGCAAGCUGGACCACGCAAGGAGGGGUUCCCACGAUCGCGUAUCAGGUCACGGUUGAUCACGCCGGCCGGGCAAUUGCUGUGACUGAGGGUUUCACCGGCUCGACGAACGACAAGACCAUCUUCUGCUGGGAUGCCGCGGUGGAGAAGAUUCGGACGGACAAGCAGUACACGGACAAGACGUUCGACGUGUACAAUGAAGACGGCACGACGACGACGCUCAAGGGGUGCUACUUGCUCGUCGACAACGGCACCGAACCCGUCUUCGCCUUCCAUCUCUCUGUCGUGUUUUUCCACUGGCAAAUCCUGAUCGAGCCCUCCAAGAACCCGCUGAGCGAGAACGACCUGCUCUUUUCGAAGAGGCUGGAGAGCGGUCGAGUUAGGACCCUCAAGCUCGCCAUGGUGUACCAGAGCCAGGAGCGCAUCGACAACGUGUUUUUCACGUGCUGCAUCUUGCACAACAUGCUGCACACCUUCGACGGCAUUGACCAGCUGGUGGAGAACACGAACUGGGUUAGUAGUGCUGGGGUGGGGGCCACGUUGGCGACGGAGCCGGAAUCGGACUGUGGAUCUGUUGGGACGAAGGACGUCAAUGACCAGCCUCAAUUGGAGAUCGGGCACACAGUGCGCAAGCGACAGCUCACCACCAGCUUCGCGUACCGCAAGAAGCACAAGAAGGACAUUGUCUGGCUUUCUAGGUAAAUCGAAUUCGGUGAGUUGCAGCGUAUUGCAUGUGUUGGGUCGCUGUUCUGCCGCAUCCUGGUCGUCUUUUAGAAAACGUUGGUACACCGUCCGACCACUGUUUGAUUUUCUUCUUGCCGCCGGCGUUAUUUUUUCGCAGUACGGGCGUCGGCAACGAUGCUUUUGAUUACCCCUCCCUCCCCGUCCCCUGUACCCACUUUCUUUUUUAUGCCACCCGACCUGUCUUGUAUUUGGCCGUGUUUGUCUUGUAGCCUUGUUGACGUUAUUUUUGCGUAUGGGCUACUGCAGUAAUAUUUGUAUAACCUGCUUCUUGUUGUACACAGACGUUGGAGCACCCUCCGACCUGUCUUGUCCCUGGGUGUUUGUUUUUCGUUCUUGUCCAUGGGUGUUCGUUUUUCGNCCCCCCCCCCUCUGUGUGGACGGACGUCUUUCUUUGUAGACAUACUUCGAAGUACACAUCGGGUUCCCUUCACAUGUCCCUGGAGGCAUGAGAUGUAGGUCGUCGACCAAAUUGGACUGGAUUUGUUCUAAAUUGGGACCGUCUGCAACCAUCGCGUGAAGAAUGAUUCAUUAUCUCUUUCUCGAUUGCACUCCCACCGACGGUCUGGGUUUCGACAACUCCUAAAUGACCUUUGUUGACCAACGGUAUCACGCUGCACAUGCCCGAGUUAAGUCUACCGUAGGUCGACGUUAUUGAUUUGGCAGGUUGAUUUGUCGAAAGCGACAUGAGGGAUUUUAUCCUGACAUGUAUUUUACGAUCAUUUUCCCCCAGCUUGACGGUGUGACAAAACAAAACAGCAACAAUGAACCGGAAGCGGAGACACUCGCUGCUGUAGCCCGAACGCAAAAAAAAAAAAAAACAGGCCACAAGAAAAAACACGGCCAAGGAUAAGACAGGUCGGGUGGGAGGGUCGCUAGACCGACCGCAGACGCGGGUGUUGAAGCAGCAGGCGAUGUCGAAAAGGACGCAGGUAGGGCAGUGAUCUCAGGAGCAGUGGCAGGCGGUGCCGCUACAGAUGACACCGACGUAGACGCGGAUGUACUGGGGGCACCUCCUGCAGCGGGUGGCGUCGCGGCCGAGAUGGGUUUGAGCCUGAAGUCGGCGUCAUCCAUGCCAUACAUGGCCGAUAUAGAGGCUCGCAGUGCCAUCGCCCUUGGCCCUCCGAGUUAAAACUCCAACUUCCCCUCGAGGGGUCAUUUUAGCUUUUCUGGCCAAGCGAGCGUAAUCCCAGCGACCCCUGUGGGCGGCUUCUUCGUCCAAAGCCUGCCUCGACACAACGGCUGCCGGCAAAGCUUCCGCGGCCGUCACCAGCUUGCCUGUAUGGGCCUGCUGGACGCGGCGCGCCUGCUCCUGCGCGUUCGCCGCCGCCACAGCUGCGUGCUCGUUCUUCACCUGCGCACGGCUUUGAAUUUCGCCGGCCCCUGCGAACAUCCGAAUCGCGCUCGACGACAAAUCUACCUCGGUGUACGCACCGCUUGACUCCGACCCGCUGCCGUCGCUGGUUCUGGGCGACCCUUACUUCGUCUUCUGCUUCCCUCCGCGACCCUUCGGCCCGGACGUUUUCCGCGCGGUCCUAAGGUCAGGGUCCUCGCUG